GACAGAGAGGGAGGAGAGUAGUAGUUGAAUGCCCUGUGCUGUUUAGCAGUUUAGCACUUGAGAUAAACACACUGCAAAUGUUGCAACUCUGAUUCAAUAGCACACACAGAAGAGUAUAGCAGACAUUGGCUCAAGAAACAGAAUGGCCUCCAACGUCUCAGUCGUGCCGCCUCUGCUAAGCCCCUCCUCUAAAGGUGAUAAGACUCCCGUGGAUAUCGAUGCCAUCACAAACCACAUCACCAUUGUGCUCUACUCCAUCACUGUUCUUCUGGGAACUGUUGGCAACACCAUUGUCAUCUGGAUAGCCAGGGUGCACCUGAGGCCCAAAGUCACCUACGUGUGGCUAGUAAACCUUGCCGUCGCUGACCUCAUCUUCUGCCUGACUCGUGCCAUCUCUCUGGCAAAGAAGAUCUUCUUUGACUACUGGCCAUUUGGCGUCUUUCUCUGCAAGUUCAAUGGCUUCUUCAAGUACACCAACAUGUUCUGUAGUGUUUUUUUCCUGGCUGUCAUCAGUGUGGACCGGGCGUUGUGCGUGUGGCGGCCCAUCUUCAGCAAGCGGCACCGUACCCUCUGUGCUGCACGGAUAAUCAGCACGGUAGUGUGGGUAGUCGCGUCGGCCAUGAGCACGCCAUUCUUUGUCUACCGGCAGGUUUACAAGGACAAGAACAAUCUCAGCAAAUGUAGCUUACAGGAAAAGGAGAUAGAGGGCGGGAUCACUGCCAAGACGACCUUCUACACCAUCCGCUUCGUGUGUGGUUUCCUCCUCCCCUUCCUGGUCAUCCUGUGCUGCUACUUGCUGGCAGGCAUGGGGAUCCAGCGCACACGUCUCAACCGUAAGUCCCAUCACCUGCGGAUCCUGGCCGGCCUGGUCUGCGCCUUCUUCCUGUGCUGGGCGCCCUACCACUUUCUGCAGCUGGUCAAGAUGACCAACGGAAAGACCCAGGCCGUUAAGGUAGGCCUGACUCUGGCUCAGGGCCUGGCUUACUUUAACAGCUGUGUCAACCCCUUGUUGUACUUCUGUAUGGGGUACAACAUGCGCCACCGUCGUCUCAGCCUGACAAUGUCGAGCAAGGCCAGACGUUCUGUGGAUGGAGGCGAACCAACAACAAAGUCGCAGGAGAACGUGGUGGACAACAGCUCCACUCCUGAACAUGCACAGGCGCAGGUGUAGGGUAAAUCGUCACCUAGCGCAAUUGCUGACGUCUGA